UGUCCUGUAGGUCUACUGGAAAUGCUGUUUGAAUAUGCGAACAACCAGAAACCUUUCCAGUCAGUCAGUAUCACAAAAACAAGGAGGGGGGAGACCACCCAACUCCCUGCACUUAGUAGACAUAUUUCUCCUACUGGUCAGGCGCCUGACGAACACAGCACAACUUCCUGCUUUUCCUCCCCCUAUGACACACCAGUUUCGUUUUUUCCUCCUCUCUCUCUCUUUUCUCCUUUGAUGCCAAAUCCCAUCCCUCGACCGGGUGAGGAGCGCCGUGAGUGGCUGAGAGGACUGAGCGUUCCUUGCAACAGCUGCGAGUUGCCUCUAUCCAACACAGGAGUUGGCGGAACUGAGCUCAGUGCAGAACGACGAACAGCGGCUUUGUCACGCAUUGCCCCAGCCCGGGACCAGCAGCCCAAACGUAGAUCGACAUAUCGCUACAUUCAUGACCGGACAGGGAUUACGUGGCGAAGGAGACAAUUUCACAGAAGAGAUUGAACGGAUUUUACGCAGGACUGCCGGGUUUUAGGAGUGCCCCUGGGGACCAUGGAUAAAGCUUUGCAUAUCCUACAGAAACCGACAGACUCAACCGACAAGGUCCUUGGCGGUGGAACGGGAAUAGCUCUGGAUAUGAGUAUAGGAGACCGGGAAUUCACAGAACAAUCGAUUAGACUUAGCAAUAAAAUCCCCUUAGUGAAGCCCUAUUUCAAAAAGAAGCACGGACAGAGGAAACUGGACUCAAAAUGCCUCCGUGCGCUCCAGGACCCAAUCCUGACCACAUUACUGAGUACAGAUGCUCUUGUUACCGGAGACGGAGUGUUUGUCCCCAGGAACCCUCCGCCAAGGACAGCUGGGAACCUGUGCACUGCUGUGGUGGUCAAACAGGCGCGGAUUGGUGGGCCUGUGUGCCGGAAAGAAUCGUCAGCUACCGGUGUAACGGCUAUGAUUACCGGCGACACGGAAAUGGUGGACGCCUCCGCCGAGUUGGAGGAGACAGAGGGGGGGGUAACCAAGGCACCAGUAGAUCUCCAGCGCGUGACAAUAGACUCCAACGAACGCAGAUUCCAGCUCAAACUUCACCCGCGGGCGCGCGAAGUGGCGGCGACACCCCCCACACCCGAUACCCCUCUAGUAUCUCCUCCAAGCCAGGGAGGCAACACGAUGAUUGACCUAUUUGCUUCUAAAGCCUUGCGGGGGGCAAAUUGCCUCACCAUUAAAGACGGUAAGAAAACCCCCAGUCUUCAGGCCGACAAAGGCGAGAUAUUUCAGGAUAAAAGCGAAGAGGCCUCCCUGGAUCUAGUUUUUGAUCUGCUAACCCAGCUCCAGUAUCACACGCACCAAGCCGACUCGGUUUCCAUCUGCGUGGAUUUCCUGCAGGGGUUGUGUGUGUACGGGAGUGACUGCGCUUACCAUCAUACUGUGCUGCCCUACCACUGGCAGGUCUGCAGGAGUGAUACUGAAAGCUGGCAAAGCCUGGCGGAUGAUUCACAGGAUCAGUUGGAGAGGCUUUAUUGCAAUCCGGACAAUGAACAAGUCAGGCUCAAGUUUCAGGGUCGUGUGUUUUCCUUAGACUUCACUACGAUGCGUGUAUGUGACCUGGAGUUCGACCGUGUCAGACGGUUGACCACUCCCUCCAGCCCUGCCGCCCCGCCCCCAAACACAAACCCCACCCCUAACUGCCACACAGUGUGGAAAUACUACUGCAGAGACAACUUCGGCUGGAGAGAAUACUCUGAGCCGGUAGUGCGUCUGAUAGAGGAGGCUAGUGGUCGUGGUCUGAAGGAGGUCCGUUUCAUCACCCUACAGAACCAGUACAUCCUCAACAUCAGAGAGGGCUUCCAGCAGAACGCCGUGUUCGGCUUCAGGCGCCAGAUCAAGAAACGCCCCCUCUUCCUGUCCUCCAUGGUCCUCACGCCACAUCUACAGACUCUUGGUGGCCUCUCCUCCUUUUCCCCCUCCUCCACUGUGGAUCUGUCCCUUUCUCUGCCUCUCUCUCCAUCCUCCACCAACACUCCCAGCGUAUUCCCAGAGACCUGGUUGCCCAUGACAACCAGCCAGGACUUCCUGCAGGUUCCGGUAUCCUGUGACGACCGGAGCUAUCGGACCGUCUACACUCUCUUCCACAAGACGGUGUCCGAAACCAAGUUCCGCAUCCUUAAGAUCCUCCGCGUCCAGAAUCCCUUCCUCUGGGAGAAAUACAAGAGGAAGAAGGAGUACAUGUCUCGUCGUCUCUCGGAGAUGGACAGGAUGCUGAGCGAGCGUCACCUUUUCCACGGCACCUCCACUGAGGUGGUAGAGGGCAUCUGCAAACACAACUUUGACCCGCGCGUCAGUGGCAAACACGCCACCAUGUUCGGACAAGGCUCCUACUUCGCCCGCAAGGCCGUCUACUCCCAUAACUUCUCCAAGCGCUCUCCUAAAGGGAUCCACUCCAUGUUCCUGGCCAAAGUGCUCACUGGCAGGUUAGUAGUCUUUAUGGGAUUAAUAUGUCCUCACUGACAGU